GCAUAACCUCCACUGCAGAUCUCCCCUGUUGUGGACCAGGGACACGUUCCUGACCCGCAGGCCCAGUCAUCAACACAGCCUUAUCCGAUCCAGAGCCCCGAACACGAGUCGACGGAGUGCCCGUGGAAGGUGCACCCCUCGAAACCGAGGUGCGUUGCCACUUAGACCCCGGUGCCUCCAGACUCCCAACCCCAGCGGCCGGCGUCCCCUUCGAUUUUUUCGGAGAUUGUUCCAUGCUCCCUGAAUUCUUACUUGCUCGUCGUUUACUUGCCUUCCCCUCUCCUUCCAUGUUUUGUAGCGCUGCCUAAUCUGAAAGUUACACAGCACAUCACCGCGAAGCAAAAAAUCAGAAGGCCGCACAACGUUGGCAUGGAACGAGGAGCAGAAAAGUUCCAGAUAGUGAUAAGGCAGCAUCUCCUUCGUGACGAGGCAUCCGCGAUCGUGUUCAACUCGAUCAUGAUCGUGCCCAUGGUCAACACGAUCUCGUUCGACGUGAGAGUGACAGGCCAGCUCGAUCGUGUUCGACUCGAUCGUGAGUCCAGGCUUAUCGUGUUCGACUCUAUCGUGUCCGACUCGAUUAUGAUCGACUCGAUCGCGUUCGACUCGACCGCGUUCGACUCGAUCGUGCUCGACUCGAUCGUGCUCGACUCGAUCGUGUUCGACUCGAUCAUGAUCGACUCGAUCAUGAUCGACUCGACCACGUUCGACUCGAUCGUGUUCGACUCGAUCGUUUUCGAGUCGAUCGUGAGUCCAGGCGAUCGUGUUCGACUCGAUCGAGUUCGACAUGAUCGUGCUCGACUCGAUCGACGUCAACAUAAUUUCUCCCACAGUUUCACAGAGCCGUCCAUCAUCGAGUCCGUGUGGGCGUGUACGCCACGUGCUGAACAUGACCCCACCGUCGUGUUCAAUCCGAUGAUGGUCGUUGUCAUCGAGUCAAACACGACCGCGGUGGCACCCCCCGACCUCACCGUCGUGUUUAACCCGAUGACGGUCGCUGUCAUCAUGUCGAGCAUGACUGCAGUGGCACCCCGCAACCCCACCAUCGUGUUCAACCCGAUGACGGCCGCUGUCACCGUGUCGAACACGACCGCGGUGGCACCCCAUGACCUCACCAUCGUGUUCUACCCGAUGACGAUCGCUGUCAUCGUGUCGUACAUGACAGAGGUGGCUGCCCACAACCCAAGAACAUGUCAUCUUCAAUACGAUGACGCUCAAGCGCGGGCAUGUACACCACGUGCUGAACACGACCGCGUCGUCGUGUUCAACACGAUGACGGACGCUGUCAUCGUGUCGAACACGACAGAGGUGGCACACCCCGACCCCGUCGUCGUGUUCGAUGCGAUGACAAUCACUCUCGUAGCCCCCGUGUCGGUGGUAAUGUUCAACAUGCGACGGUCGAACGCGGACAUUAUCGCCACCAAAGCACCGUCGCGUUCAACAAGCAGGCGGUCGCUCAUCGUCAUCUUCAACACGACGGCGGUGGACAUGACCGCGCUGUCGUGAGAAUACGGUGACCGUGGAUCUCGCUGUGUGCGUCUGGCGUGUUGUGCAAUGCGAUGAUGCGCCAUCAACACAACAGC